AUGGAGUCAGGAAACCUUCUAUCAACUGCAUGUGGCUCUCCAUGCUAUGUAGUACUAGAGUUUCUUACAAGAAAAUGUUACGAGGGAGCCGCUGUAGAUGUAUGGUCAUGUGGGAUAAUUCUUUUUGAAAUGCUUGAUGGUUAUCUCCCUUUUGAUGAAUCCACCCUGAUGAACUUGUAUAAGAAGGAAAGAAAAGAGACAGAGAAGGAGAAACCACAUAAUACCUCCUUUAUGAAUGCUUUCCAACUAAUAGCAUUAUCACAUGACCUUGAGUUGUCUGGACUUUUUGAACAGUAUAACGGAAAACAGAAGAUAACAGUUGGAUCUAAACAUACAAAGACUGAAACGCAGAAAAUUGAGCUUGUUGUUGAGGGUGUUACAUCUUUAAGAUAUCCGUCUGGUUGUGCGAAGAUAGUAUCAAUUAAUGGAAAUGGAUUUGGUUGGUUUGGUUCCUUAAUAAUCAUGUAUUGUUUAUCGAUCCUACUUUCUCAGGAUUCACGCUCUAACAAAUACUUGUCUAUAAUUCACCCUUCUAGAAACUAA